AACUAAACUAAAGGCGGAAGUAAUUGAAGGGAAAUCCUCUCGGUUCACUUCAGUCAUUCUGGUUCUGUACUGCUCGGAUGGUAGGAUGGUGGUUCUGAAAGGGAUCCCCUCUGUUUUGUCCCCUGAUCUGCUGUAUGCUCUCGCCAAAAUGGGCCACGGGGAUGAACUGGUUCUUGCAGAUGCAAAUUUCCCUACAUCUUCUAUUUGUGCAUGUGGCCCUAAAGAGAUAAGAGCUGAUGGUUUGGGAAUCCCACAGCUUUUAGAUGCAAUUUUAAAGCUGUUGCCCCUGGAUACCUAUGUCCCCAGCCCGGCAGCGGUCAUGGAUCUGGUAGACAGUGACAAACAAAGAUGUCUAGCUGUCCCUGUGUGGGAAACUUACUCACAACUCCUCAGCCAAGCAGGCUCUCAGAGUCCUUUGGAGAAAGUGGAAAGAUUUUCUUUCUACGAACGAGCCAAGAAGGCCUACGCUGUUGUGGCAACCGGGGAAACUGCUCUGUAUGGAAACCUAAUAUUGAAGAAGGGAGUUAUUCCUGCUGAGCUGCUGCAUUGAAGCCAAACUACUUUUGAUAGAUGUUUUAAUUUUGUAUCGUUUUUGAGGAAUCUAAGUCAAACAUGUAAUUACUUUCUGUUAAAAAUGGUUAAAAUAAGGAAUCCACAGUGAUCACAGAAAUGACUUGCAUCUGACAAAAGAAUAAGAA